CUUGUAUUUCACAAACUAACUCAAAAUGGAAAAAAGCGAAUAUGAAAUACAGCAUUUCAAUUUCUCUGUAGAACAGUUUUCGUUAGAGCGGCGGCAUUAUUUGAAUAAGAUAUUAUCACUGACACUUCAAUCAAUGGUGAACAAAUUAUCCAUGGGUAAUGACGAUACAACCGUAUUUUUACAAGAGCAGAAAGAAAAAGUGAAAAGCAAAAUGCUUAGUGACAUGGAACAAAACCUCACAGCUAUUGAGAAAAUGGACUUAAAGAAUUUUUCUAUACCGGAUUAUGUUCUGUUGGCGACAGAUUACGAUCAUUCCAAGCAAUAUACUGAAGAAGAUGAAAUGAAUGCAGACAAAGAGUUAGCAGACAUGAAACAAAAAUUUCUUGAGAACUCUGUAAUGAUAGCGUCGUUGAAAAUUGAAAAUGUAAAAUAUGAAGAAAUAAGCAUAGAGAUGAACAAUGAAGAGAAAUUGUUACUACAAAUUCAAACGGCAUUGCAAUUAAUGGAAUCCCAAUGGGAGAAGGUGAAACAUUUGGCUAAAGAAACUGAAAGUUUGGAACAAUAGAAGAGGUAUUUGUAAUUAAUGAUAUUU